AUGACAACAAAGAUAUAUGGCAACUUGGCAAGAAAUAUGUUUCGAUAUUCGGAAAUGACUCAAAAACAUACCCUACAAAAACGUAAAGAUAUUCCUUUUCUCCUCAAUUCAUCCGGUCUAUCUGUACACUGGACAAAGAAACCCGGGAUGACGAAACAACGGGGAAAAAAAAGGACAUGGGAAAAAUCACAGCAGCUUCACUGUUAUGUCAUUGCCAGUGGUACAAAUGAAAAGAAAAAAAGGAGGAAAAAGCAUCUCAAUAGGAAACUGACUGAAAAGGACAUUUUAAAUAGAGGCCUCUAA